AUGGACUCUGAUGCCUCCGUACUUGACUCGUUUCACCAGGCCAAGUUCGCCAACGAAAUUUUUCUUCCCGCUGUAAAGGUGUCCAAAGAUCGCGUCCCCUCAGAAUACAACCGCUGUGGUAGUUCGUACGAACAAUCAGCUGCUCGUGGUGUCCACAAUGCCUUGUCUCUUACUUUAUGGACGGAGGAGCUUUCCGAUAUCGUUGACAUCAUGCGUGAUAUGGUUCGGGAAAAGCAAUCUUUGGCGAUGUUUCGUCACUUCAGGUUUGUCCUUUCCGCGUUUGGGUUUAAGGCUCCUCUGCGUAGAUUCAGUCAUACGGCAAUUCUCAGUAAUAUGAUUGACUGGAAUCAGUUGGCUGCCGUCCAAACUAGGGUGGACAUUGGGUCAAACUUUUUUGCGGUCUCUGUUGAUGAUAACCGUCCAAUCAUCAGUUUUUUAAAAGAAGAGUUCUGUUCGGUAACUGGUGAACUUUUUGGUGGCGAUGGUACCGUUUCGGAGUGUCAAGAUAUGUGCCUUGGCCGUUUCGGUGGCAUGUCAGGCAAGAACCCUGCUCCAGCCAUUAAUGAAGCUUGGAAGAUGAUUAUGUACAAUGAUGUCAAGAUCCCGUUCACCAGAGCCAGGCAAGGCUUCAACGGUUCCGUCGGUGAGGAUUGGUCCCUGUCAAAGUCUCGGGCAACCAUCAACCAUGCAACUGGCCAUUGGAGACAAGGGCUGAACGUCUACCAACGUUGCCUGGAUGAGCAUCAGGAGACGCAGUUUACCUCUCGUUUGGAGGUUCGUGUGAGUGCGGCGGAUGUGGGCGACAUACUCGUUCUAAAAUUAAUGGAUGGGCUGCACCGCCUUCAAUCGAACGGUGCGUUUAUCCAUUUCUUUGUCGACGAGUAUCUCGCCUAUGUCCGCGAGUUGCUGAAUCUCACCUCGGAGAUGAUGGUCUCGUUAAGCCGGGAUGUGCAAUUACCUGCUGUGUCUGGCUUUGCGUUCUGCGUUUUUCUGUUGAACAGCCUCAUACAUCUGGCCGAUAAGGGAUCUACUUGUUGCAACAACUUUGUCAAGACUCAUCGCUGUAAAAAAAAACUACCUGUUUUUAUGAGUUACCAUUUCGUGUUUGAUCUUAACGAGUGGCGUUUCAUCGAUGCUUUUGAUUCGACCAGAAAGGCGGAUAUGUUUCCCGGUUUGUCUUUUGUCAGAACUUUGGUGGUAGAUGGUGACAGUUUAGUCAACGAAAUAGACCGUAUGGCUGCCGCUAAUGAAAUUAAUCCGGAAAAUGUGCACUUGGCUCAUGACGUGGCACUUAACAACACGCUAUCCCAAUGUUUGACGUUGGCAAUGCUGACACCGUCAGAUACGCUGAAAAAACCCGUCAAAUAUUUCAUCGUUUUGGUCUUGGGCCCGAAUCCGCUGUCCGUUUCCUGGAAGUCUUUUUUUGAGGAGUAUUUUUCUCUGGUUGGAGGUGGCCACACCGGGUGCAACAUCGAAAAUCUUUCGUUCGGUGGUGACCAAUCCAUGUUCGACCCUGAACUUCGGGAUGCGCUGGAUCUCACGGUCAAAAUGGACUUUCUGAGGCGUGUUGCGUUUUUGCUUCCUUAUGUCGAACAAGAGCACCGUGAACGGGCUUGGGUUCAAUCUUUGGUGACGGAUGAUCGUAUGGAUAGAUCAUGGAAAGCAUUUGGUUCCCGCUCUGUUUUCUUGGAGCUUUUUCUGCAUGCUGAUAUCAGUUCGAGGUCUCUCAAACAAUUACAUUGUAUCCUUCUGGCGGCAUCGGUGUAUAUUCUCGAAUAUGUGCCCAUGUCUUACCCUACUAAGGUGUUUAGGCGUACAUCUUCAACAACUAUUGCGACGCGAAAAGUAUCUUGGUUCUUAGAACCAAUGGGUGACGUUUCCUGGGAGAUGUUCCAGUUUCUUCAAGACUAUGCCUAUGAUCACAAGUUUGAGGACCCAAGUUUUCCUCGUGUCUAUCGUCGGGUCACUGAAAUUCAUGAUAGUCGUGUUGGUGGUAGAACCAUUCCCUGUGUCCGCGCGCGAAAGCAUAAACGAAAUGACCGUUUGAUUUAA